AUGCGGAUAGCUCGCCAAGCACCGAACCAAAGUGUAAUUUUCUUGGCGAUUCUUCUUACUGUGUCUCUGGUCUUACAAUUUGCCAGAGCAGAUGACGAUGAAGAAGGGUGUGGUCAUGGCUGUCAAUCAAUGGAUCCUGACCCCUCCCAGAUGUCCCGUUGUGUCCGGUACGCCUGCCGAAGGCGUGUCUUCAGAUAUUUCAUCCGCUUCGGAAAACGUUCCGGUUCGGAUCUUACUCAGGAACAGCAGCUGAAGAACCAGCUGAUAUCAAGGCUGCAGAAAUACUCCCGAGGGGAGGAUGGCGCUCUAGGGAAUCUAGAAAUGGGGCUCAGUCAGGGACAACAGGGGAGUACUGGUUCCGAGGUGGUGAAGCAGCUAGCAUCGUCUUGGCAGAACGCAGAGAAGCAGUCACGGGAGAACAAGUUGAUCAAUAUGCUUCUUAAUAUUGCUUGA